UCUUGUGAAUAUGAUCACUGCCGAGGACACUUGCAGACCAUCCCUGUUAUGAAACAGCCCUUUAUACUAUAGAGAGGCCAACUUGGAGAGUGGGCCACGUUCUCCAGGUCAUGCAGCUGGCCCCGGGCAGAGCCAAGGGCAGAAGUCAGCCGCUGACCAGAGCCCAGGAUCCUUCCCGCUCCUGGGUCUCUGCUUCUCUGAGGAAGUGGAAGCCUCCAGCUCCAGCCACAGGAGGCCCCUCAACCUGGGUGAGAUGGAUGCCCUUAAACUGGCGCCACCUGGAGCUCUGCGCCCUCACCUGGGCUGCUGGGGAGUGGAGGGGGCAAUAAAUGGGCAAGAUGGCAGCUUCCCAUCUCUGGAAGUAGGAGGGAGAGGCUCCUGCUUUGAAAGCAGGCGGGGCUCCUGUCUGCAGUGGGCCAUGGAACGGUGGUGGCAGCUCCUGUUAGGGCUGUGGACAGUCACGCCGCCCACCUGGGCUGGGGACGAGCUGCUCAAUGUCUGCAUGAACACCAAACACCACAAGCGAGAGCCUGGCCCAGAAGACAAGCUCUACGAGGAGUGUCUCCCCUGGCAAGGCAAUGCCUGCUGCACGGCGGGCACCAGCUGGGAAGCCCAUCUGGACGUGUCCCUGCUCUACAACUUCAGCUUGCUCCACUGUGGGGUGAUGAUGCCAGGCUGCGAGAAGCACUUCCUCCAGGCCAUCUGCUUCUACGAGUGCUCCCCGAACCUGGGGCCUUGGAUCCGGAAGAUGGACUCGGGCGGGCCAGGAGAGAGAAUUCUGGAUGCGCCCCUGUGCCAGGAGGACUGUGAGCAGUGGUGGGAAGACUGCCGUACAUCUUACACUUGCAAAUCCAACUGGCAUGGCGACUGGGACUGGAGUGGGGGGAAGAACCGUUGCCCUGCAAGGGCUGUCUGUCGCCCUUUCCCCCAUUACUUCCCCACCCCGGCUGACCUGUGUGAGAGGAUUUGGAGCCGCUCCUUCAAGGCAAGCCCCGAGCACCGGGGCAGCGGACAGUGCCUGCAGAAGUGGUUUGAGCCUGCUCAGUGCAACCCCAAUGUGGCUGUGGCCCGCCUCUUUGCCAGCACGGGCCCGUCCUGGGAAGGCUCCUACACGCUCAUGGCCUUCUCCCUGCUCCUGUUGUUCCUAUCCCAAAGCCCCUUCUUCUCCCACCUGCAGACCUGCACUCCCCCAGCUGUGGGUCAGCCUGCGCCAUGGCAGCCCCCUUUCUUGGGUCCUUUCUUUAAAUGGAGCAGCAUGGGCUGGGGGGCGAGGGGGACACUGAGGCUGCAGGAGCUGGUGCCCGAGCCGUGAACAUUCAGUUCAAGGCCUUCACCCCACCCCCCUCUGCUCUGUUCUGCCUUCCUCUGCCUGAAAGGCAGUCAGGGGCUGGGAGCGCCAACGUGACCUGCCCCCUUCCACCUUUAUGGCCGGUGGGACUCCAAUGUGGGACUCCAGGCCCUUCUCAUCCAGUGCAUGCCCACCUCCUUCCGUGGCAGAGCUGGUGGUCACAGCCCUGGCCUCCCUUCCCAUGAUGGUGCCUCCAAUAAAACAGCAGUUGACCUUUCCCCUCUGUGUGACCCAUUCUGUCCUAGCUCUAUGGUCAGGGAGUCAGGCUGCACAAAGAGGGAGCCAGUCCGCCAGCCGCACUGAUGUCUCAAAGUUGGUUGCCACUUUUAAUUCAUAACAGUUAGCUUCUUCAUAUGUGCCAGGACCUCUCGUUACAUCCUCACAACACCUCCUGGUGGGAAGAC